ACCUGACUUUUCCAGUUGAUCGCGCCUGACGAUAAGUACCUACAGACUGCUGCUAGUGUGAGAGAAUAUUCUGGGCACACUACCCACAGGGAUGCGGCUCGUGUCCGGCCUGGUCGCGGUGCUGCUCUGCUGCGGCGUCAUUUCGUCGGAAAAAUCCAUCUACCCGAAGCAGAGAGCAGACUGUAGCUGUACGGCCGAGCAUGGAUCCUUCCACGACCACCACGCCAUGCUCCUGGACGGGUCCCGAAACGUCAGCCUAGCCGAGUACCGGGGUACGACUCUCCUGGUGGUCGUGGUGGCCUCCUUCUGAGGGUUCACCCACCAGUACCCCGCCAUGAACGCACUCAAGGAGAAGAUGGUCGGCCAGCUGGGCUUCGAUUUCGACAUCUUGGCUUUUCCGACCAACCAAUUCGGUCUGCAGGAGCCCGAGACAAACGGCGAGAUUCUCAACGUGCUGAAGUACGUGAGGCCAGGCGGUGGCUACGUGCCGAACUUUCCCCUGUUUCAAAAGGGAGACUGCAACGGAGAGAACGAGCAGUCACUCUUCACUUAUCUGAAGAGCUGCUGUCCCCCCGCUAGUGACAUGAUAGUUGACGACAAGUCGAGUCUGUACUGGAAGCCGCUGCGGGCCGGAGAUGUGCGCUGGAACUUCGAGAAGUUUCUGGUGGACCCGGAAGGGAAGGCUGUGAUGAGGUUCACCCCUCCGGUCGAGCCCGCUGAGAUGGAGCCUGUUAUCGAAGAGUUCCUCCGCAAGUGGAAUGUCAAAGUGCAGAGGGAAAUAAGCGCCAUGGAGGAUCUUCUCUCCGACCUGAUGAUCGAACAGUAACUGGUCAACUUCGCGAAGUGGACUGAUUAAUUAGACUAGGCCCCAUCGCCAGUAGUUAUCACUGGAAAGCAAGUGAAACGAGGUAUCCAGGCUGAUAAUCAUUAAAUUAAUCGGACAAACCGUCCACUCACACUGCUAUGAUUUGCACAGCUACGCAUAGAGCAACUGUGCCAACGGCGUCACUUCUUUACAUGUCUGCAGCAUGAAAAAACUGUACUAUCUAAUUACUAUUGGAUUGAAACAAACAUCUUGCAGUGGUAAGGGUUACAUUAUACUUGUCACAGUUAUGACUGUUAUUAGCCGGAAUGAUCCAGAAUCGUUAUUUAUUUGUAAUGCAUCCGGAAAAUCCACGCCAAAAUUUAUCGACCAAAGAUGUACAGGGAAAUGCAUGGAUGAACCAGUUUUUUUAUUGUGGGAAUCUGACGACUUCAUGACGUAGGAACCACAAACCACCGCGCGGUGGCAGGGUCCUGCCGACGGGAUGGAACUUUCCUCGGUCUUCGUGCGUUCAGUCGAGGGGGCGACAUCCGGCCUCGUUUGGGUGCUAACAAUAAAGCUGGCAUGGAAAAAAGA